AUGAGAAGGAGACGUCGAAACAGCAAAGGCGGCUUGGCAGUUCGCAAUCCUGUCCCAGCCAAGUGCAGUUGUCAUACUGGACAACUUCGCUAUUUUUUUGCCGCCAGGCUUUCUAUUGGUUCGCAAGACUCAGACAGAUCGGACAGCACGAAGAUUCCUAGUGACGAUGGUUCGUUUGGCGAUGAGGCUCCACGGGUGACGAUGAACAAGUGCAACAUCAAAGUCUUGAGUCAAGAGGAGGAAAGUGACAAGGCAGAGCCAUAUCAGCAUGAGUUUUGUGUGGCCCUGAUGAAACCUAGUGAUUCCGAAGCCGACAAGGUCGGUCUCAGGGAUCGACGGCGAAUUAGGCCUGAUGCAAUCGUGGCAGCUGCAGAUAUUGUUUACAACAAAGAGAAGCUUCCAGCGCGGGAGUGCGCGCAAGUGUUUGCUCGGGACCGCUUUCAACUCUUCGCGCGGUUUCGAGGUCUCAUGUGCAUCUUCGACGCCGGCGCACCGGCUUUUCGACUAUGGUGGGCGAGCAACCCUGGAGCAAUCACCCACUUGUUGACCUGCUGGAUAGAACACAACAAUUCAUUGGACGCAAAGGGGCAAACGGUAGUUCUCGGAGCUUCGCUGAAUGUCUUCGACGAUUUGGACUGGGGUGCAUUGCGUCUCAAGCAAAUGUUUGCUGCAGAAAUCAUUCGAUUGGAAACUGAGAGCCACCACCCGAGUGUGCAAAAAAAUGUGUCUAUAAUUUUGCAUCGGUUCCCGGAGAUCCGAUCAUUGGCCUGCGCAGCAAGUGCCCCAGACACACGUGCUGGCGCGCUACGCAAGCCUCCCAUUUGGACUUAAAGCUGCCCCAGAAUUGCGCCACGAAAAAGUUCCGGAAACUCUCAGUUGUUUUGCAAGCUUUGGGGCUUUUUGAAUACUUUGAGCCGAAAUGGCAUCCUUGAGAAUUACAGUAGAAAGAGCA